GCCAUAGAAACGUUGAUUCAGAUCGACUUGGACCAAUCACCUCUUACUGACGUCGCCUGUCUCCAAAUAGUGGCACAUAUUUAUAUGACUUGCCUUCUGACUGCUCUGCUUUAAAUCGUCAACCGCAGAUCAGCACUUCGGCUGCUUGGGUGCUGCGAUUGCUGUCACGGAUCACUUGCUUUCAUCAUGGGUGAAGUGAACAACAACUUCACAAAAGUGUCAGAAUUCAUAAUUGUGGGUUUUCCAGAUCUCCAGCAGGAAUAUUUUCACUUAGUGGCAUGGAUCUUCUUCCUUCUUUAUGUGAUCACUGUGGUAGGCAACUCGAUCCUGGUCGUUAUCUUUAGUUUAGAGCCCAGUCUCCAGAAGCCCAUGUACAUCAUCAUGGUCAGUCUGGCUCUCUCAGACAUCGGCUUUGCUACGGUGGCUUUACCAAAACUGAUUGCUCGGUACUGGUGGAACGAUGGGAUUAUUGGCAUUCACACUUGUUUUUUCCAAACACACAUGAUACAUUACUUUGGGAGCCUAAACUCCCUUAUUUUACUUACCAUGGCAUUGGACCGAUGUCUAGCUGUUUGUUUUCCUUUCAGAUAUCCCCUUCUGAUGACAGUCCCCAACAUGGUGGGCCUUACUGUUUUCUGCUGGAUCAUUGCGCACAUCUUCCCUGGCAUUGGCACCAUAAACUUCACCUUUGCCUCAUUUUGUGGACCCAACAAAAUCAUCCAGGCCUUCUGUGACACUUUGUCUCUCACAGCCCUCUCGUGUGGGAAGACAAAUCAGUAUGGGGCCUCCUAUGGUGCGGCCAUGUUUAUACUUUAUUUUCCUUUAGGCCUCAUCAUUGUCUCCUAUUUUUGGAUUAUCAUCUCUGUCUUCCGCAUGCCCAACAAUCAGGUGAGCUUAACCUUUUAUUGUUAUUUUUUUAACCCCUGUGCUAUCUCUCUGCAGGGCAAAAAGAAGACCAUUUCUACCUGUGCCACCCAAGGCUGUAUCAUCUCUAUCUACUACAUCCCACGCUUUUUUGUUUACUCCACACCGUUCUUUCCUAACCUAACAAUGACGGCUGACAAGCGGAUAAUCACCACCCUCUUCUACAGCUUCUUUCCUCCACUGAGCAAUCCAUUCAUCUACUGUCUCAGAACCAAAGAGAUCAAGGAAAUUUUGAAGCGCUGGAUCCAGAGACGAAAACGCAUUGCACAAGGAUAACCUGUGCAGGCUUUUAGUGGGCCAAAAUCACACUGAAAACCGAUCAGUCUGUGGCAAAAAGUGUUUACAGAAGUCCCUGACUAAGUCAUGAAUAUAAUAUAAACUAUUUUCAAAAAAACUCACAAUGUAUCCCGUGUUCAAGGGAAAAAUGUCAAAUCAGUAUUUGCUGUAAAAAGCUAAUUUUUAGAUUUAUACCGGCAUUUUAAGCUGCUGUGGCCAGUUAUACUGAAAAUAUUCGUCUGAUCUCGCUAACUUGAAAACGGGUGAGUAAAAGAUCCUACUUUUUACCCACAGUUACAGUGG